GUUCGUGCUGGGACCGAACUGCGCUGAGUUGAUAGCUUCAAUUCGUUGUAAAUUUUCCGGCAUAAUAGACGCGACUUUCCGCGCAACGCGUACGUAAUUUUUGGAGUCACUUGCUAACAAGCGCUAAAAAGGCAAAUAAAACGCUCCUCAUUAGCUGUGCUGUAUACAGCGAUGUAAGGCGACAGAAGCGCGCGCGCAAUUCUCAACUCAGCACUUGCAACGCCUGCGCAAUAAUGAACAAAAUAGUGGUGCCAUAACAAGAACAUAAAGAAGCAAAAUCCAACAACAAUAACAAGAAGUGCUUUCAUUAACAAUUUUUGCUUGUCAAAACAAUAAAAAAUAAAUAAAAUAAAAUAGAUAACUUCUUAAUACGCACAUAUCAGUUGCGAAAAUAUUUCCAACGCGAGUGAGUGUUAAAAAAUGAGCAACAAUUUAAACGGGCGCCCGCUGGCGACGUGUGUCGCUGCAAUGGCGCUGAUCUGUGCUGCAGCGUUUAGCUGCGUGUCUGCUGAUGGUGCCGACAUCGGCCCUGCAGCACAAUUGGAUCCGACAUUGAAAAAUAUCAAACAUAUCGAGAACAAAAUUAUGCCAGAUGUGAAGUCCUUGGCCAAUGAGCGUCCCAGGGCCGAGGGCAUAGACGCCGAAAAGUGGCAGCAGGUGCAGCGUUUCAUGGAGGACGGCAUGCCUGUGCUGGAGCUCUAUGGUUACAAACCAAAAAGAGACACGCAGUUUACCAUGAUUAUACCGAAAAUCGACGUACGGACCAUCGAAAAGCCACGGCUUAAAGAAUUUAUGCUGGAACAUUUGGUGCCUGGAAAAAUCUAUGAAAACUUUGCCGAUGACGAUGUCUACGGCAAUGGCAACGGUCAUAAAAUCCAUUUGUAUAAAGUGGAAAAGUCCCAAAAUAGUUUGUGGUUACUAAACGGAUAUCUCGUUUUGUACAAGAUGCGCUUGAACGAUAACAUAAUGGCUAUUGCAAUUGAUGGCUACCUUGGUGACCGGAAAUCGCCAUAUUCCAAGCGCAACAUACAAGAAUCGAAUAGUCGUUAUAAUGAACCGCAACGUUUGGAGAUGCGCAACACCACCACAACGCAUGCCAAAAUCGAGCCCAUACUAAAGGAGUCGAAAUCCAGCCCACUGAUGUCCUUCCUCAACAGCAUGAAAAGUGGCACCAAAGUUUUUCAGCAUUUCCUGUCCAAAAGCAAUCUCACACAGAUAAUGGACGAUGGCUCCUACACGAUACUCAUACCGUCCGACAAUGCCUUUCAACGUUGGCAUCCCAUCGACUGGGGCUUCUACCCGUUCAGCGUGCAUGAGUUCACCGAAAGUGUGUUGCGUAACCACUUCCUGCCCACACAACAUCCGUUGCGCAUGGCCGAAGUGAAGAACACCGACCAGAUGGUGGUGCGAACUAUGGGCGGUGAGAAUGUGGUCUUCCGCGGACAUCCUGGUCCAACUGUGAAUAAUGUAUCUAUUAUGUCGGACUAUGCACUGGUAAAUGGCAAUCAAGUGUUCCUAAUCUCCGAGGUUUUAUUUGUGUCAGAAGCCGUGGUUUCCAAAUUACAUCAGAUGCACAAGGAUAAGGAGACACCACCACUGCUGGCCUUCCCGUGGUUUGGCGCACAAUUUUUGUCGCACUCAUUUUUGGCAUUGGAACGUGACCCCAGAUUUACACAAAUUACAAGAUACUUGAACAACGCCGAAAUAGCACCACAUGUCUCUGGCGCUAAUUACACUUUCUUUGUGCCCGAAGAUAGAGCAUUUGAACGACUUGGUUUCGACAGACUCUCCGAUGAUGUGAUGGCCUCCCCACGCGGCAUCAAGAUGUUACUGAAUCACUUUGUACGCGGACGGCUUUACGAUCGCGAUCUGCGGGACAACGAGGUGUUCGAAACAAUUGGUGGUGGCCACAUUAAGAUCACACGCAAUCCAGGCAGCAAUGCAACCAGUGUCAAUAACGCCAAGAUUACCGAAAGUGAAGUAUUCGUCUAUAAUCUGGGCACAAUGUUCUAUAUUGACGAUAUACUUUACGCACAUUUGCUACGUGAAUAUGUCUCGAAGCCGACGAAAACGAGAUCCGACCCCAACGGUAGUGGCGGUGGUGGUGGACAACGAAAUGGUGACUACAUUAUUGGUGAUCAGGAUGAUGAGUUCGAUGAUGAGAUUAUAACGCCGAAGGCACUACCCGUCCAGAUUUUUGAACUUCCACAAUAGAUGCUAAUAUGAAUGAAAUUCAAAUUAUUUACAUUGGUUAAAGCAUAUACAAAAUGAGGAGUAUUCCAAUAAUACGUAGUAUUUGAGGUUAUAUUUUCGGUAAACAAAUAUACAUACAUACAUAUUACUUGUGUAAGUGUGGCUCAAAAGAGGGGCGAAAGAGGAGGAGUAGCAGGCCACAUCAAUGCCACGUGUAUAGAUUGAUUUGUAUUUUGUUAAUUUUAUGUUAUCGCUCGAAUCUUUCUUAAUAUAAGUUUGUAAAUUUUCAAUCGAAUACUUUUGAAGUGAAGUGCGUAUUUAAUUAAACCAUACUGGAUGGAGAGAGAUGAAAAAGAAAAAUAACGAAGAGUGAAAUUUAAAUGUAUACCACAACAGACUAUAUUAAAAAUAAUAAUCCACGGUCCAUAGAUACAUACAUACAUAUAUGAGGAAAAAUUAAGAAAAUUUGAUAGCAUAAACUUGAAAUUUCUAAUCUCAUAAGCAAGUAACUAAUGGAGUUAAUCUAAUAAGAAAUAACCAAUUAAAGUAAAAAUUAAGAAAUCUGCUAAAAAUUCAUUCAGUAGUGUGGAAACUUUCCUUGUGCUUCGCAUUAGUGAUUUAAUGGAUUUCUCUAAUAGUAUGCCUUAGCAUACCAAACACAUGUUAUAUAACUAUAGUAUUGUAGUAGUACUUGAAAGUGCAGGGCGGUGUAAGGAUAUAUAAAACAUUCUGCUAAAAAAAUUUAGGCAAAAACAUUAACAUAUCGUCAUAUACAGAAAUGUAUGCAAAAUUAAAAUAAAAAUUGUGAAAUUUGAUAAAUAACAAAAACAAAAAUACUCCAAAACUCAAUUAUGUAAUAUCUCGAACCGAAAAAUGUACUGGCAAUGUCAAAUGGAAAACUGAGAAAUGUGCGACGGAGAGUAUCUCUAAUUGUGACAUGAAUUUAUAACUGUAGCAAUAUUAAGUAAACAAUUUUAUAUUAACACGAAAUUCGAUAGUUUGUUAACAAUAAAACAAAACAUAAUAUAAAUAAUAAAACAAUAAAGAAGAUAAAAACAACAACACUGAUAAA